CUGUCGAUUUUCAUCGGUGCUCUCACUUUUUCCUCGAUAAAUAAUUAGCUAAUCAGCUGCGAAUGUCGGCGCGAACAGGUCCGACUUUUUCGAAAAAAGCGUCGUGAUAUGAAGUGAUUUUUCUAGUUCGGUUAAUAUGCUAGUUCGGAAGUUUUGCGAGUUUUCUGUUCUCGUGAUUUUCAUUUUCGGGAGCGGACUAUGUUAUUUCACUGAGGGUGGUAAAACCGCCAAUUUUCCAACGCUGAGGCACCAAACUAAUAAAUCACGAGAAGAGCGAUUUCUGUUUAAUCCAAUUAAUGGGCUGUUCAAUUUAUUUGGUAGCGCUGCUAAUGACUUUACUUUCGAUGAAGAUGAUACAGAAAAUGACGAUGGAAAGACAAGAAACUGUUCUUGUGAAUGUGGAGUAUCCAACCCUGAAAAAAGAAUAGUGGGAGGACGACCUACCGGAAUUAACCGUUACCCUUGGAUAGCGAGAAUAGUGUACGACGGGCAUUAUCACUGCGGAGCUUCACUUUUGACCAAAGAAUAUGUUUUAACCGCAGCUCAUUGUGUCAGAAGGCUGAAGAAGUCUAAGAUAAGGGUAGUUCUUGGCGACCACGAUGUUUCGACUACAGCCGAAAUUCCAGCCAUGAUGAGAGCAGUUACUUCCGUCAUCAGACAUAGGAAUUUCGACCAGGAUACCUAUAAUCAUGAUAUUGCGUUGUUAAAGCUGAGGAAACCUGUAGAAUUCACGAAACAAAUCAGGCCGAUUUGUUUACCAAAAACUCUUGAUCCUUCUGGAAGGACCGGCACAGUGGUUGGUUGGGGCAGAACUGCUGAAGGUGGCAUGUUACCCACCAUAGUCCAAGAAGUGCAAGUUCCUAUCCUUACUCUAUCCCAAUGCAGGGCCAUGAAGUAUAGGGCAUCCAGGAUAACGACGUAUAUGCUUUGUGCCGGCAAAGGACUCCAGGAUUCUUGCCAGGGAGACAGUGGCGGACCGUUACUAGUACACAGUGGGGAUAAGUACGAGAUUGUUGGCAUUGUGUCUUGGGGUGUUGGUUGUGGUCGACCAGGAUAUCCAGGUGUUUAUACCAGGGUGUCGAAGUAUAUCAACUGGCUGAAAUACAAUUUAGAUGAUUCCUGUUUAUGCAGUUAACUAUUGUGUUUAUUAUUUAUUGUUAUUUAUUUGUAAAAUUAAAUUCCAGAAUUAGGUAA